AGGUGGAACUAGAUAGAAUCCUCUAGCAAAAAGUAGUAGACCACCCAAAUGACCGCUUAUGGGCACAACGCCGGCGAAUCUAUAGAAUGCCUUAGCAUUGCUAUAGAGCUGAAGAAGGAAGAAACGGUAGAUCAGUACGGAAACAUCGUGUACAAGGUGGGAUUCAAAAUUGGCGGUGGAAUUGACCAGGAUCCAUCUUGUGCACCUUUCAAAUACCCUGAUCAAGGCAUUUACAUCACACACAUCGAAGAAAAUUCACCUGCCGCAAGAGCUGGACUCAAGAAGCAUGACAAAAUUUUGCAGGUGAACGGUCUCGAUUUUACACUUCUGACUCAUGAACGAGCAGUAAAGUACAUCAAGAAGUACGCCGUGCUGGACAUGCUUGUUGCCCGACCUGAUCUUCCGCCUUUGCAGUAAUUUCUUAUUUAAUCUACGCCAAACACUCAUUGAAUUAUUUUUUGCGUUGCUCAAGUUUCCUUUCAUCAGGAGCAGUGAUUUGCUACUCAUUGCCCUCAUUACUUCUUCAAAAGUUACUGAUAGAGUCGGAACUUUCACUAACUUCGUGUAUUUAAUUUGGUUUAGCUGACUACAUCCAAAAACGCAGUUUAUCUGAAAUUUCUAUAGAACCUUCCACCCACUUCUCGCUGUAAGAAUGUACUUUUGAUAUAGUGCUUUGCUACUGCAAAUGCCGAAAGUUUUAUUUUUUAUCUUUAUUCUAAAAGAUUUAUUUUUCAUCUUAUCUUCUCAGCUAGCCAUUCUGAUUACAUUCGCACACAGUUGAUCUUAAGAUCCACUCAUGACUUUUGAUUUACUCCUCGCAGAAACACAUGUAUCUCAGCUCAUGCUAUCUUGUCCAAGUUUUGUAUAUGGUUAGCAUCCCUUUGUACAUAUAAGCUGCUUUUUCGUUAAA